AUCAAACGACUACUGCGCAGUACACACAGUAUGCUGUCGAUCCAACUGAUCCUGCACUCUCACAAGCAAACGGUGUUUCUGAACAAACACAAGCCGAGGAGGGCACAAAUUCUGAAUCCAUGCCACAACAAUCCGAUCUAGAACGUUACUGGGAUAUUGUCAGGUCUAAUCCUGAUGAUUUCACAUCAUGGGAAUAUUUGAUUCGCGUUGCUGAAACUGCGGAAGGCGGCCUCACAUCGCAGUCACCUCCAGAAAAUAUAACAAAUAUGCGUGACGUUUUUGAUCAAUUUUUAGCAAAAUUCCCUUUAUGCUUUGGUUAUUGGAAGAAAUAUGCAGAUUUCGAGUUUAAUAUUCAGGGGCCGACAGAGGCUGAAAAAAUUUAUGAGCGUGGUGUAGCUGCCAUAGCGAAUUCAGUUGAUCUUUGGACGCAAUAUUGCGCAUUUAAAAUUGAACACUAUCCGGAUGAUGUGGAUGCCAUUCGAGGGCAGAAAUGUCUCAGAUUACAGUCCGAACAGAAUGGCAGUAAAGAAGAACAAAGGAUGAUUAAGAUGAUUAAAGAAUCACAAAGGAGAUUGACAUUACCAGGUGAUGAUGAUUCAAAGGGUAUCCGACGGAGAGUGCGACCCAUGCCCUCCCCUAUUUCGUUAUUUGAACGCGGUGCUGCGUAUGUUGGUCUUGACUUCCUCUCCCAUUUGUUUUGGGACAAGUAUAUAGAGUUUGAGAAAUCAAAGCAGGCAUAUGAUCGGGUUCUAAAAAUCUUGGACAGAAUUAUACGCAUUCCGAUGCAUCAAUAUGCUAGGUUCUUUGACGAAUUUACAAAUUUAUGUGGAACGCGGCCAAUAUCAGAACUCAUCACACCUGAACAAUAUAAGCAAUUUGAGGAGGAAGCGCGAACAGCACCUCCUGUUCCACCUGAAAGGACGGAGGGUGAGCAACCCCCUCCUCCUACAGAAAAAACAGAAGAACAGAUUCAAAAUGAUAUUAGAACGCGGAUUUACAAUAUGAAUAUUGAGACAUAUAUGAAAACGCAAAACGAAACAAAUAAACGCUGGGUUUUUGAACAAGAGAUUAAGAGGCCUUACUUUCAUGUGAAAGCGAUGGAUGACGUUCAGCUGAUUAAUUGGAGAAGAUAUCUUGAUUUUGAGGAAACUGAAGGAGAUGAGACUCGCAUUCAAGUGCUAUAUGAAAGAUGUCUCGUAGCUUGCGCUUUAUAUGAAGAAUUUUGGCAAAGAUAUGCUCGUUGGAUGAUAUCUAAAAACAGGCUCGAUGAUGCGCGCAAUAUAUAUAAAAGGGCUACUUCUGUGUUUAUUCCAAUCAGUCGUCCAAGUAUUCGUUUAUCUUAUGCUUGCUUUGAAGAGCAACAGGGGAAUAUUGACGAAGCAAGGAAUACAUAUAAAAUGGUUUUGGAUGCCUUGCCGGGCCACGUUGAGGCAAUAAUGAAACAUGCUCAUUUUGAAAGACGUCGGCAUCUUGAUGAUUUGUCGGUUCCCAUUAACAUUCUAACAUCUUCGCUCCAGGGUAAUAAUCUCGAUGAAAAAUCUAAAGCUUUCAUUACAGUGCAACAUGCAAAUAUGCUAUGGCGUGCAAGUUCAAUAGAAGAAGCUCGCCAGAUUUAUCAAGAGAACUCAACUAAAUAUCUUGAUAGCAAAUAUUUUUGGUUGAAUUAUUUUAACUUUGAAUUAUUUCAAAUCGGCUCCGCAGUAGAAACUAACGUGAAAGCGGUUUAUGAUUUGAUUCGCAAUACAUCUACGCUUUUACCGGAAACGAUAAGAGAUUUUUCGCAUCGAUAUCUUGAUUUUCUUAUGGAACGUGGUUCAACUAUAGCUUUUUAUAAUAAGAUCGAUGUUGAAGCUAAUGGCCCCAUCACUGUACGUCCAGUUUUGGAUACCAAAAAACGUGGAGCUGAUGAAGAGCCUGAAAAACCUAUAAAGCAAGUCAGAAUGGAUGGCGUUAUUGAUGCUGCCGCAGGAACACCUGCAAUUCCAGUGGCACCAUAUACCACCACCGCUGGAGUGCAGCCACCGUAUUAUUCUCAAGGACAAUGGAGUGCAUCAGGGUAUUCUGUUUACCCCACCGCUAAUACUGCUCAGCCGGCAACAUACCAAUACCCUUAUCAGUAUCCUCAACAAGCUGCGACUACACCUACCACUCCCGCACAGGCUCCUGUGGCUACGUGGGACUAUGCACAACCAAGUACUACAGGAUAUUAA